AUGGCUCCUGAAGUUUUCAAACACCAGAAAUAUGAUAAGAAGGUUGAUGUUUUCUCUUUUGCAAUGAUACUCUAUGAGAUGCUUGAAGGUGAUCCACCGAUGUCACAUCAUGAACCUUAUGAAGCAGCCAAAUAUGUGGCAGAUGGGCAUAGGCCUAUGUUUAGGGCAAAAAGUUACAUUCCUGAAUUGAGGGACUUGACAGAGCAAUGCUGGGCAGCAGACAUGAACAAUCGACCUCCUUUCUUGGAGAUUCUCAAGAGGCUUGAAAAAAUUAAGGAAAUCUUACCGUCUGAUCAUCACUGGCUCCUCUUUACUUCAUGACAUAUUAUAGCAAAAAGACAUGGACUGACAGAGACAUUUCUUUGAUAUGUUGGUGGCCCUCCCCUGGUAUCCUGUAUAUUUUCACACCGGUGCAAUUGUGAAUAGACUCAAUUGGACGACGUUAACUACUGUUAUUAUUGUGACGGAACCUUUGAUUUCUUGUUCAGAUACUGAAUACAAACAUUGUGACACUUUCUAUUUCAGUAGAUCUGUGGUCUCGUCACGAUCUCAGAACAGCCUGUAAAGUAGUCUCGUC